AUGUUUUAUGUUUUAGUUAGGAGGGCAGCUAGAAGAUAUGGUCUGAGAGAGGCAAUGGAGAAUGACGAGUGGACAGUAUACUGGAGUGACUGCUCAGUGUCCCUUGAAAGGGUGAUGCACAUGAAACAGUACCAGAAAAUCAACCAUUUUCCUGGUAUGAGCGAGAUCUGCAGGAAGGAUCUGUUGGCGAGAAAUAUGAACAGGAUGGCAAAGCUAUUUCCUAAGGAAUAUAACAUUUUCCCUAAGACCUGGUGUCUGCCUGCAGACUAUGGUGACUUUCAGGCAUACAUCAGGGUGAAGAAACAUAAAACCUAUAUCUGUAAACCAGAUUCAGGAUGUCAGGGUCGGGGCAUCUUUGUUACAAAGUCAACAAAAGACAUUAAGGCUGGAGAAGACAUGAUCUGUCAGGUGUAUAUUUCAAAGCCUUUUCUCAUUGAUGAGUUCAAGUUUGACCUGCGUAUUUAUGUGCUGGUAACAUCGUGUGAUCCACUAAGGGUGUUCAUGUACAAUGAAGGGCUUGCACGAUUCGCUACAAUGAAAUAUUCUGAUCCAUCACAUAACAAUGUGGAUGAUGCUUGUAUGCACUUGACAAACUAUGCCAUUAAUAAGCACAGCGAGAACUUCAUACGUGACGAGGACCAGGGAAGCAAAAGGAAGCUUUCAACUUUCAAUAAUUACAUGGAGGCCACUGGUUAUGACACCAAGACAAUGUGGGAAAGCAUUCAAGAUGUCAUCAUUAAAGUUUUGAUUGCCGCCCAUCCAGUACUGAAGCAUAAUUACUCCACCUGCUUCCCCAACCAUGUGACCGGCAGUGCCUGCUUUGAGAUUCUAGGCUUUGACAUCCUGUUGGAUCGUAAACUCAAACCCUGGAUACUGGAGGUCAACCACUCACCAAGCUUCACCACAGAUUCCAAAUUAGAUCGAGAAGUAAAAGACAGUUUGCUGUAUGACACACUUGUUCUAAUAAACCUGGGCGCCUGUGAUCGGAAGAAGUUUAUGGAGGAAGAGAAACGUAGAGCAAAGGAGAGGUUGCUUCACCAGACCAAAUCUAGGGAUGCAAGAAAUGAAGAUCAUAAGAAUUCCCAGGCAGCCUGGCUUGAACAGGCAGACAAAUAUGAAGAAGAAAAUAUGGGUGGAUAUAUAAAGAUUUUUCCCAAAGACAAUGUUGAAAAGUAUGAGAAAUACUUCAAUCACAGCAGAUCACUUUGUCAGGAGACUGCAGCAUCAAAGGCAAGAGAGGAGUGUGCCAGGCAGCAAAUCCAAGGACUGCGUCUCAAACAGGAGCAGAAGGAGGCUGUAUUGAAAGGAAAGAGGCCUGACCUACAGGGGGAAUCAGCUGGUGAGAAGGUCAGACGUUUCAGAGUAAAACAGAAUGCAGAGAACAGUCCUAAUAGCUUUCUGUCUUUAAGGUUACCACCACACCAACCUUCUCCACCAGUGGCCUCUCCCCAGACAGAUGAACCAACUAGUUAUACCGAAGCAGAAGAAGCAGAACGCCUUCAUGGUUUACUGCAGCGGGAGCAGCUUAUCCGUGACUUAGGUGUCAUUGAUCGUGUCUACGAUCUGUUGGAAGGAACCGUGAACAGCAGGAAGGACCAGAGACUGAGUGAAGAGCAGCACCAUCAGGAGAGCAAUUCUCCCACGAUCCUGCAUGACAGAAGUGUGCUUAAAGCCACUAAAGAUUUUGCCAACACAUUUAAUAACCAUAGCAACUCAUCUCUACAAGUACACCACCCCAUUUCUGAAACCCUCACGUUGGGCUCCUCUCCAUUGUAUAAGCCGCUUUCUGGUAUCAUUGAGUUGGCUAUACAGAAUUCAUCAAGCUUUGGAUGGCAGGAAUACUCCCUUUCCAAAUAUACUACUGAAGGACCUCAGGUGGGAGUUGGCACUUUAAAUGCCAGGCCUUGUACAGUUCAGCGAUUAGGACACAUGAGUAACUGUGAGCGGAACCGUGUUGAGUUAGACUCAAAUGUGAAACUACUCAUCCGAAGUGAAUCCAUUGGGAAAAAUAAGCCUCCAUCAUUUGAAGAAACUUUAUCUUCACAAAGUAAACUGCAGAGAAAUGCCUAUACUUCCUGGAAUCCACGCAUGUUUUCAGGCAGAAAUGGCCGGAAGAUACUUAAUGCAUUAUCAGACAAGCAUCAGGGAAUCAAGGCCAGUGGUGGUCAGUCGUUCAGCAGUCCAUUAUCUGCUCAGAUACAGGCUUCCAAAGUGAAGGCAGUCCCCGAUCUCUACGUCAUCUCCUCACCUGCUCCUAUCGUUAACAGACCUGGAAUGAACAACCCACCAAAGAGCAGCAUCCAGAGAGCAACAAACAUUGAACUGGACAGGGUUGGAAGAUUACCAACUAGAUAAUGCCAACACAAUCAACCAAACUCUACUUCUUAACCACGAAGUGCCUUGAUAUUCAAAACUACGGCUUUGGGAAAAUGAAUGGUACUUUUAAUGAGCCAAAAGGGUAUCUUUCUGCGUGCUCCAAAUCUUUAAUCACUGUCCUUAUUUAAAAUGUAUAUAGAUUUGUAACUUAAAGACGAAUUUCAGUCUUUCUGUGCCAACCAAAGCAAUAAGCCAAGCACCUGAUUUUAUAAUUUGUUCUUCUAGAAGUCAUCAGAAUGCACUUUGUUCAGAGAAUUCUGGUUUUAGCCAUGUUAAAUGUCUUGUUAUUAUUCUCAGACCAUAAAAGAUGUGCAUGUCAACUUUUGCAAAGUGUAUUCUUUCCCGUAGGGCAGUAAUCAGCAGUUUAAGUUUGUUAGGAUUAUUUGUAUUAACUUCCCUGGGAUUUUUGAUUGUAUGUCAGGGUUGUUCUUUAUUUCUGAACCUUAUUAAUUCACCAAGCUUUAUGUGGGAUCAUGGGCAUUUCAUUGUGAAAACAUUUGUACUCUUGUUUUUUUUUAACUAAGUUAUUUAACACAAAACCUAUCCAAUAGCAAAAUAAUUAAAGCAUGCAGCCAAAAUAA